GGACGACGACUUAGUGUAUACUUCGAGCCCCCCGCCAGCGCGACUGGCCCUCGGCGGGUGUGCCACCUGCCGCGCGCGCGGCCGAUGGCGGAUCCGCCUCGCAGCCGGCACGGGCGCUCUCCGCGCAGGGCCCUCCAGGACCGGCUCUCCGAGGAGUGCCGGGUGCUGUGGGGCAGCGUCGACGCCCUGCUCGAGCGGCACCUGGAGCGGGUCGCCUCGAUCGCGCUCCCCGCGGGCUCGGCCCGGGAGGCGCCCGCGGGCUACGAGCGCCAGGCGUCCCCGGGGUCGGCGCCAGGCUCGUUUGUGAAGCAGAGCUCGCACGGCUCGCGCUGCACGCUGGUCAGCCAGGGCGGCGGCUCGCACGCCUCACUGGGAUCGACAGUCCGCUCGAGGACGAGCCGGGGACUGGAGGCCAUCAGGGACGACAUCCUGAGCCUCGCCGAGCUCGACGAGACAGACGAGGCCUCGCGUCCGCCCGAGCAGACGCUCUCGCGGCGGCCCUCGUGGAAGACGUACCUGAACGGCAGGGACUCCCUCGUGUCCAUGUCCCUCUCCGCGACCUUGGGCGCGGAGUCCUGGACGAUGGAGGACGGCGCGGAGCGCAGCACCGCGGCGAAAGCCUACCGCGCGAUGCUUGGGAUGUGCUGCGGCCAGCCCGGGCUGGCGUACCUCCAGCCGGUCCUCAGCAGGGCGUUCGCGUGCGCCGACUGGGUGUACCACCUCCAGGAGCCCGAGCGCAGCGGCUGCCUGCACGCGUUCGUCAGCGGCAAGGAAUGGACGUCCAUCUGCGCCCUGGUGAUCACCCUGAACGCGGUUUUUGCUAUCUUCUCGACCGACUACGACGCGCGCCACUACCUCGAACCCAGCAACUUUCUCGGCGAGACCACGGUCGCCAUAGCCGCCGUGAACGUCAGCUUCAUGGUGUUCUACGCGGUGGAGAUAUUUCUCAAGCUGUGUCUUCACAGGCUGUACUUUUUCUGCAACGACGAGUGGCGCUGGAAUAUUUUUGAUCUUCUGCUUGUGGUGUUCAAUGUGGUCGACCUGAUUCUCGCUGCGAUGAUCUCGGCCGCCGACUCUGGUCCGACCGAUCUUGCGUUCAUGAGGUCCUUGCGGAUUCUCAAACUGGCGAAGGUGUUGCGCAUCAUACGGAUGUUCCGCAUCGUUAGCGAAUUACGCCUGAUUAUGAACUCUGUCAUUGGCUCGAUGAUAUCAUUGGUAUGGAGUUUUCUUGUUAUCGUGUUUAUUAUGUAUUUGUUCGGAAUUCUGUUCGUCCAAGGGGUUACGGCACAUUUCUAUGAAUUGCAAAUCCCCUUCAGUGAGGAUGCAAAGAAGAUGUUUGGAUCCACUCUCUCCGGAAUGUUGACACUGUACAUGUCAGCCAAUGGGGGUUACGAUUGGUACGAGGUGUACGAUUUGCUGGCAAGCACUGGUUGGAAAACCGCAGCUCUCUUUCUGAUCUACAUUGUAUUCAUCCAGAUUGCCGUGCUGAACAUUGUUACCGGCACGGUGGCGGAUUUUUGUGGAGAAUGCGAUGAAGCUGGCGAAACCAGACCACAAGGUGCUCGCCCAGGAGAAACACAAGAAGGAGCUCGUCGACUCUGCGGAGCUGAGGCGGGUAUUCGAGCACAUUGACGCGGACGGGGACUACAUGAUCGCUUCGGAGGAGUUCGUCGAGGCCUACCAGACGAACAAGAAGCUCAGGGCCCACUUCGCCGUCCUCGGCCUCGACAUCCAGGACCCCAAGAUCUUCUUCGACGCGCUCGCCGGGAACGGCGACGCAACGGAGAUCGACAUGCAGAGAUACCUUCAUCAAUCAUUGCAUGAGGCUCAAGGGCGCGGCCACGAGCAUCGAUAUGCACCACUUCCAGGUCGAGAAUCGCCUCGCCUGCAAGAGGCAGCAGGAAUUCAACGAACACUGCGGCGGCAGGAUCGAGCGCCUCGCUGCCAGGGUGGCCCACCUCGCUGCCGCGCUCGGCCACAGGGAGCAGGGCAGCUCGGCUCGCGGCGUCGAGAGCCAGCACCAGCAGUUGGUGAAGCAGCUGGUGAGCGGG